UCGAUGUAUUGCUGCUGCUGGUCACUCAGAUGUCCUUAUUUGUUGGAUGUGUUGCAGAUUUUCGAUAACAGUUCGUUGGUUCAAGUGCACCGUCGUGUGCUGCUGAAAACCAAUAUGAUUGAUAGCGUUAUCGAAACAUAUCCGGAGGGUGAGGUGCCCAAAGAGCUCGAACAACGAAAAAUCGAAAUUCUCAGCCAGCGUGAAAAACUAAAAGUGAAAGUGGAUCCGGUGGUGGAGAUUUUGGAAUCGGAACCAGUGAAAGCAAUGAUGGAUACCCGAGAAGUGACCAACAGUCGUAUUCUCGAUUACGUCACCACAAAUUAUGGGUUUACCGAGGAGAUGCUGGAUUCGUUGUUUCGAUACGCAAAGUUCCAGUACGAAUGUGGUAACUAUUCGGCCGCAUCGCUCUGCCUGGAUUACUAUCGCAACAUUGUGCCGCAGCAGAAUCCCAACUAUCUAAGCGCAUUGUAUGGAAAAUUAGCUUCCGAGAUACUGUUGCAAGAAUGGUCACAUGCCAAGGAUGAUUUGACAAAGCUUCGCACCUACAUUGACUUUAAUCCUUUCGACACGGAGCUGGAAUCAGUGCAGCAAAGAGCAUGGCUAAUGCACUGGGCACUUUUCGUGUAUUUCAAUUAUCCGAAAGGGCGAGACGAAAUUGUUGAGAUGUUCUUAAACCAGCAGCCAUAUCUCAAUACCGUACAGGUGGCAUGUCCUCAUUUGCUGCGAUAUUUGGCCGUGGCAGUUGUGACGAGUAAAACGAAACAAAAGAAUAGUUUGAAAGAUUUGAUCAAAGUGAUCGACAUUGAACGCCAUAAUUACGAGGAUCCGGUCACUGAUUUUUUGACAUGCCUCUACAUAAAGUACGAUUUCGAUGAAGCCCAGAAGAAGCUACGACAGUGCGAAGAUGUUCUUUCAAAUGAUUUCUUCCUUACUGCAUGCUUGGAAGAUUUUCGAGAAAGUUCAAGAUUGCUGAUUUUUGAAAUGUUCUGCCGUAUUCAUCAGUGCAUCUCAAUUGAAAUGCUUGCUGAACGACUCAACAUGCAAGAGAUGGAAGCGGAACGAUGGAUUGUGGAUUUGAUUCGGACCUACCGCAUUGAAGGAGCUAAAAUAGACUCGAAGCUAGGACAGGUUGUAAUGGGCGCGAAGAGUACUUCGGUGCAUGAGCAAGUGAUGGAAAACACAAAACGGCUAACAUUUCGAGCGCAGCAAAUUGCGUUACAGCUUGAGAAAUUGAGACUGGACAAGAAGGUAACCACCAUCGAUUUCAGUUCCGGAUUAUCUGGCGAUUAG